AUGACUCAAGCGGAUUCAGACAUGCAGCUCCCUCAGUCACCACCGCCAGCUCACAUUGCCGAUGAUGGACGGAACCGCAACGAGCUUGCACCAUCCUCUUCUGCUACCUCGUCAUCCUCGUCCUCGAAUGCAACGACGGCAAUACAUGCGCAGCACGAAAUGCAGCAACCGGCUGAAGGGCAAGCACCUGGAGAAAUACGGGUCAUCGAUUUGCCUGCAGACUUGGCUGCACAUCAGGAGCAAAACCACGACUCGCCCCCGUCGUCGUCGUCGUCAUCCUCGUCGUCCAUCGGAGAAGACCGUAUCACAGGAUUCAGAGAUGUCAUCGAAGCAGUCGCGCUGACAUGGAGAAAGCAAAAGGAUCACCUCUUCGUCUCAUGGGUCCAUGUUCCUUUAGGCAUUAUGUUCCUCCUUGUCGUCACCUGGGGUUUCCGCCUUGCCAUGGAUCUUGCUCCUUUUCGCUUUCCUGCGCCCGUCCUUGCGAUGAUGCUCUUCUUUGCGCUGCUUCUCCUGCUCGACUUUCUCUCGACGAAAUUCCCGGGACAAGCUCAUCAAGACACAGAAAAGACCGCGAUGGAUGCCACAUCAACGGUCAGGAGCGCCACGAAGCGCCGACGGUUCGUCGACCCGUUCAUGAAGCUUCUUGCUCCUCCAUGUGACUUCUGUCUGCGAAACAUGUCCGUCAUGUUCACGCCCAGCUUUGUUCUCAUCCCGGCCCGCGAGGUUAUUCCGGGCAAGGAGAUUGGACUCAUCGCCGCCUGGUUCACCAUCUCGCAGGUGCUCGCAUUCGUCUUCCCGGUCCUCUUGACCUGGGGCAUAGAGUGGUGUAUAGGAGUGACGAAGAGCAAACGCAAGAGCUUGCGAAGGACAGGCUCCAAAACACCGUCACAAUACCAUCGAUCGCGCAAUAACAGCGUCGCCACGCUUGCUGGAGUCGACUAUGAGAAGGGCAUCAGCUUCGUCGGCGGUUACAAACUCGGUGCUGUCGCAACAGGCCUGUCGGGCUUGACAGCGCACAUGCUAGCACCCAUUACUCACCUCACCGUCAAGCUGGACGACGACGAGAUGCGGCAAAUCCAAGCCACCGCCAUGGAGCACGCCAGGCAGCAGGGUGAUCCGGCCGUGACGAGCGACCUGGCUAAGUUUCGAUGGAGCGACUUCAGGCCAAUCUCGGACGUAUCCACCUAUGAGCACCGCUCCAUGAGUCCACACCACCACGAUCGGUCGAGGCCUUCCAGAAGCAGGUCGAGAAACAGCUCUCAUCGGUCGCCUCGUCUGGGCAGCGCGUCGCCCUCUGGCAGCCCCAUGCCCACCCCCUCGGCUGAAUACAAAUUUCCUGGGCCGAACACGCCCUCGGCUAUUGAUGCCGUUGUCGCCUCGACGGCCGAUGGUUCCAUGCAGCGCUCCGUCGACUCCCACCUCUCGGCGCAAGGUUCGGUGACCACGGCGAACCCUAUUCCUUUGAUAAUCGCGCAGCCACCGGAGGCAUUUGAGGAGCAGAGCCGGGGCAGAAAAAGCCGAACCACGUAUGCCCAAGCUCGUGAGUCGUCGCACGAAGAUGAAAUUGCCGUCAUCGAGGAGGUCGAGGAGGACUUGGAGAAGGUGCCAACAGCUGUCAAUUCGCGUCGCCACUCGGGUCUGCUCGCUCCCGUUGAAUCGCGACGCGGAUCGAAGAUCAGCUUCGAUGUCAAGACAAAGCUGGCCCACGAGCCCGCUCCUGACUUCGGCGCAAAGGCAGCCAUCGUCGAUAAAGAUUACGAGGAGGAUGAGCAGACGAGGCGCAACAGCGAGGCCGUCCAGUCGGUCAUGUCGUCGGAAGGACCAAAACCGGAUGCUGUCGAGCGUCUCUCGCUCUGGCUCUCGGAUUUGAUAACGCCCGCCAUCUACUUUGUCCUCUUCAUCGUUGGCCUUCCACUCUUCUUUGUCCUCGACAUCGCCCUGCCCCUUUUCCUGGCCAUCAACCUUCUGACAUUCAUCGCCGCCAUCACCAUCGUUCCACCCAAGGUCAGACGGUUCCUUCACCCGAUUCUCAGCUGCAGCAUUGCUACGGUCCUCAUCAUUUGGGCUUUCGCCGCCAUGAAGGGCAUUGGCCUGUCGACGUGCCUCAACCGCUUCUAUAGCGUUGAUGCCAAGUACAACGUCCUCUGGGAUCCUUCGGGCUACAAGGGUCCCAUCCCAGGUGCCGGAGACGUCCUCUUCAGCACCCUCGACGCUGGCAUCGUCGCUCUGGCCGUGCCCAUGUAUCGCUACCGCAAGGAGCUCAAGGAAAACUUCUGCCGGAUGAUGGUCGUGUUGAUUCCCUGUGCUGCGCUUUCGCUCUUCGUCUGGCCCCUGAUUGCGGCCAAGUUUGGCAUGGACCGCGUGCGAUCUCUGGCCUUUGCCGCGCGCUUCAUGAGCACGCCCCUGGCCAUCGAGCUCGCGGGCAACAUCGAGGCCGACGAGUCCAUCACCGUCAUCCUCGUCGUCAUCACGGGCAUCGUCGCCGCCAUUCUCAAGGAUCACUUCUUCCGCCUGAUGCGCGUCGACCGGGAGGACCAUCUCAUGAUUGGCAUCACGAUGGGGUCCACUUCGGGUGCGAUUGGCGCAUCGAGCCUCAUUUCCACUCCCCGCGUCAUGGCUGUCGCUUCACUCGCCUUUGUCCUCUUUGGCGCCAUUCUGCUGAUUGCCACCGCCAUUCCACCCAUCGUCACGAUUGUCCAGCAGCUGGCUUCCUAA